AAAUAAUUUCCGCCAGCAGCAGAAAUUGUAGAACUAAAAUCUUCCUGCGAUAGAUUCUUUGUAGAGGGUAGUACAACAUGAUAUUCAAAGCCUUCGAGAGUGAUAAUCCGACCCUUGCAACUUGACUGAUACUUUCUUUUCCCUUGGAGGUUCAUAGCGUCGUCGUAAGAAAUCCGUCAACACCAUGAGUGCAUUCAAUCAAGCCUCGCCACGUGAUGAAACAGGCCGUGGCAAAUCCAAGAAAUCCGACAAGACUAGAAGAAGCUGGUCAGUGAGGGAAGAAGAGGUUCUUCUCGCUGCUUUGAAGGAGCUCGUUGUGCAGGGCUGGAAGUCCGACAAUGGCUUCCGAGCUGGUUAUCUAGGAAAGCUUGAGGAUGCUAUUAAGAAUGUGUUUCCAGGAACGGACCUAAAGGGCAUGCCUCACAUUCAUUCAAAAAUAAGCAUAUGGAAGAGGAAUUAUGGUUCACUAACAACUAUAUUAGGGAAGAGUGGAAUUGGUUUCAACGUAGAUGGCAAGUAUAUGAUAGAUUGCGAUGACGAUCAGUGGGAUUUAAUUGUAAAGAAUGAUCGUAAUGCGGCGGGCAUGCGCAAGAAGAGCUGGUAUUACUUGGAAGACUGGAAAGAGAUCUUCGGGACGGAUCGUGCGAAUGGGGCUGAAGCGGAAGAUGUGGCAGAUGCGAUAUACGAAAUGAAUGAAGGAGAUAACUUUGAUAACGAUGGGACGCAAGGUGAUGACAACGUACAGUUCGAGGAAGAGACUGAGAACGAGACAGCCGAUGAUAGUGUAUGCCAGCCUUCGAAAAAUGUGGGUGCUGCAAGAUCAGGGAGCAAGAAACGGAAGGCGAAGGAUGGCGUUGACGUACUUGUCGAAGUGUUAGGAGAAAUUAGCAAGAAUGCUGACAAAAGGGUAGACACAAUAGCGUCACGCAUUGGCUAUAAGCAGGACUUAAGCAAGGCAAGAAAAGAAGUGUACGAGCAGUUGAAUAACAUGCCCACUUUGACAAUCAACGAUAAAUUCAUAGCGUAUGAACUUCUGGCAGGUGAUGUACAGGCUUUGGAGCUGUUUAUGGCACUUCCGGAAGAGGCAAAACCACAAUAUGUGGUUCACAUACUCAUGUCCAAGAAGCCAUAGUCAGACUAGUGGAUGGUUAAAAAUAUAUAUGGGAGAAUGGAUGUGAAUGAAUCCUACUUUCUACUAUGUUUUGGGUUGCCAUAGCUAUAGGUUCAUUUGAAUCCUUCCAUCUGUAAAUUCUGACUUUACCCUAUAGGGUUCUUUUGCUUAAAUAUCUUGUAUUUUGACUUCACUUCAUAUUAUUAGAUAUGGUCUAAAAAAGG